AUGGAGGAGAACUGUACUGCUGUGACUGAGUUCAUUCUCCUUGGAUUAUCAGAUGCACCUGAGUUGAGGGUUUUUCUUCCUCUGCUGUUCCUUUUCAUCUAUGGAUGUACAGUCUUGGGCAAUCUGGGCAUGAUUGCAUUAAUUCGAGUGAGCUCUCGACUUCACACCCCCAUGUACUUUUUCCUCAGUCACUUGUCCUUUGUGGAUUUUUGCUACUCCACAAUAAUUGUGCCAAAGAUGCUGGCUAGUAUCUUAAGCAAGGAAAAGGCUAUCUCCUUCCCGGGAUGCAUGGUGCAAUUUUAUUUGUUUUGUACAUUUGCAAUCACUGAGGUCUUUCUGUUGUCCGUAAUGGCUUAUGACCGCUUCUUGGCCAUCUGCAGCCCAUUGCUAUACAUGGUCUCCAUGUCCCAGAAACUCUCUGUGGGGCUAGCUUCUGGCUGCUACCUUUAUGGGAAUAUUUGUUCUCUGAUACACUUGUGUUUAGCUCUUAAGAUCCCAUCCUAUAGGUCAAAUGUAAUUAACCACUUCUUUUGUGAUCUUCCGACUAUUGUCUCUGUCAGUUGCCCCUUGUCACUGCUGGCACCUGUAGUUGAGGGGGUACUGCCAUCAUUCUCAAGUCUCAUGUGUUCAGUGACCACCCUGAGGAUUCAUGCAGCUGGAGGACACCCACAAACCCUUCUCCGUGUCUCCUACCGGACCACUGCCACCGUUUCCAUAUUACCAUCUUCUUUGCACCCAAUUUCAGAAAGGCACACGAGGAUCAUCUCUCUUUUACACAAUGGUGAUGCCAGUGAUGAAUCCCUUUAUCUACAGCCUGACAAAUAA